AUGAAGAAGAUCAGCCUUAAGACUAUCCGGAAGUCCCUCAGUAUAAAGGGCAAAGAAGAGGGGGACUUUGUCAUGCUUCAGCAGCCUCCGGUGAACGCAGAGUUUUCCAAAGAGGAGUCACUUUUUGGAAGUUGUUACACCAAAGACCUUUCGGGCACUGAGCUCGGUGGUGAAGAGGAGAAGUCAGGACAGAGUAAAAACAGGGCUAAAGAUGAGGCCUGCAUUAAAAUGGAAGUCAAAGUGAAAGCCAUGGUUCAUUCCCCCAAUCCAAGUCCAAAUUUAAACGGUGUUCGAAAGGAGUUUCAUGAUUUCCAAAUGGAAGGGCUUUUUCAAGACCAAGCAGAAUCCUUAAAGAAUAUCCAACAGCCUCAAAAUGGUGAGCUGCAUCUAAACAUCGAUGAAAAUGAUGUGCCUGUGGUGCUGGGGUUAACGCCCCAGGACUACAUCCAGUACACGAUGCCUUUAGAUGAGGGAAUGUACCCUGAGGGGUCCCACUCCUUCUGUCUUGACAGCUCCUCUCCUAUGGAGGUGGUCACAGAGGCGGACAGUGGCUCUCUGCACCCAGAUCAGGGACAGGAGGAUCAUGAACUAAUGAGAGGAAUGUCCGCAGACCUCUUCAUGGACACUUCUGUAAACGGACUGCUAAUUAGUUCUUCUAGUAUGGUGUUGAGAAGUUCUAGAGUUGAUGUCCAGCCUUCCAUCUCACCCAUGACUAGCCAUGGACUUCUCCCAAGGACUUUUUCAGGCUUAGCCUCAGCAGACAGCCAAGUUGCAGAGAGAGUAAGGCAUCACUUGAACUUUGAUCCAAAUUCAGCCCCUGGGGUGGGGCGGGUGUAUGAUUCAGUUCAGAGCAGUGGUCCAAUGGUGGUGACCAGUUUAACGAAGGAGCUUAAAAAGCUGGCCAGACAGGGCUGGUACUGGGGUCCGAUAACUCGAUGGGAGGCUGAGGAGAAGCUGGUGAACUUGGCUGAUGGUUCUUUUCUGGUCCGGGACAGCUCCGAUGACCGGUACCUGCUCAGCCUCAGUUUUAGGUCCCAGGGAAAGACACUUCACACACGCAUUGAACACUCUAAUGGACGCUUCAGCUUCUACGAGCAGCCGGAUGUCGAGGGGCACACCUCUAUAGUUGACUUAAUUGAACAUUCAAUCAGAGAUUCUGAGAAUGGAGCUUUCUGCUACUCUAGAUCUCGCUUACCGGGGUCUGCUACUUACCCUGUUAGACUAACCAAUCCAGUCUCUCGAUUUAUGCAAGUCCGCUCCCUACAGUACCUCUGUCGCUUUGUCAUAAGACAAUAUACAAGGAUAGAUCUGAUUCAAAAGCUCCCUUUGCCCAACAAGAUGAAAGACUAUCUGCAGGAGAAACACUACUGA